AUGGACGCCUUUUCGUCCCCCGUGCGCUUGAUGCCACCACAUACCCCCCGCCGAGUCCCAUCGCCAGUCAUUUCGCCCAGUGGCAGGAGAGGCCGCCUCCACGCCGGCCCAGAAGACGGCCGCCUUCGCGACCUGUCGCCCGAGACGACACUGCGCGCCUUCACCUACACUCCCGUGCCCUUCGACACUACGCGCGACGAAUACAAAAUCUUUGCCUGCAUCGACACCCUCACCGCCGCCGAGAGAGACCUAGGCGCGCGCGUCGCCAAGGCCGCCCAGCGCCUCAAGGCAUGGUGCGCUGAGAUUGAGCAGUGGGGGUGGUCAGGCUCUUUCGAGGAGCCCAGCGCUCAAUUGCGCGAGCAAAAGCGCAAGAGUAUCGAGCUGCGCAUCAGGCAACACGUCGGCCGUCUCGACCUCGGACUCGACCACGCCGUGCCGCCGCUUGAAUACUGGGGCUCGCUGCUUUCAGUCGAGGUGGAGCAGCACGAGGCGCGCCUCGACGAGAUUGGCGACGAGAUGCUCAAACUAGACGUCGAGGAGCUCAAGGAAUAUGUGCUGGAUAUGCAUCCCGCUGCAAAGUCCAGGCCCUCAUCUGCUGGCUACGAAGCCACUCGCCAACACUAUAGGGUCAUGGAUGAUUUCUCCUUCCUCAUUACCCAGACCCUGCUGUCGGCCCUGCCACAUCACACCAAGCUCAAAGAGCGCCUCAACACAUGGACGGCCCGAGUCUCCAUCUUGCGCGAGGCUCCCCGUUACAUCAGCGACCUCGAUACCGCGCAGAAGGCCAUGCGCCUAGGUUGGGACGCCAUCGAGCCGCCAGCUGAUCCCUCUGAUCCUGCCUUUGAACAGUGGAAACAAGCCAUAGACACCAUUUCCACCAUCCUUCAUCAGAGAGUGAGCAGUUUGGGUAGGCGGUUGGACAGGAUGCUCGACACACUUGAAGGCCGAGAAGAUUGCUUGCCAGAGCACUGGAUAGACACUUUUGAGGCUACAGAGGCAGACUACGGGCGUUGGAAACAUGAGUCCAGGAGGAGACUGAUCGAUGCCGAGGUACGCAGGCGAGCAGACGACUCAGCCGCACCAAAAAGCGCACUUGCUACCACCCAGCAUUUGUCACCAGAUCCCAGCUCGAGUGCGAUUCCAGACACACACCAUAAUAUCGAUCACUCAUGUUCAAUCGCCGCAGCUCUUAUCAAAUCCAGUGCCAGUGAAGACAGGUACAUGGAGGCAAACUCUGAUUCUCCAAUGAACAGACCUCCAAGUCUUAUUUUGCACUCAUCACGCCCUUCAUCUAGCGUACUUUCAGCAAAUGUCAGCCUCGAGUCUGAGCCGCUUCCCUCUGAUGAUGAAUCGGAGUUUGAUGAAGGCGAUACUGUUGUGCAUCACGUUCUCGACGAGAGCCCGGAACAUGGCGCUGUUCUAGCCGAGUCCGAAUCACUGUUUCCAGGCGACCCCAAACCAGAUGACUCAUCUGAUAAUCAUGUGCAGCGUUAUCCCAAAGUCCUCGCGAUCCCAGAUACGCCAAUCCUCACAGCCAAAGGUAGCCGCGAUGAUGCCAUCAUUGACGCUCCCCAGACACCGCGCUCCUGGAGAGGAAGCCUUGGAUCGUUCUCCACGGACCUGUCUCCAGACUCAAGCCCGCACAGUGCCGUGGAAGAGUCACCGUCAGUUCGCAAUCCUACCAUCCGUGAAAUGAGGAUGCCUCAUUCUGAACUCAAUGGCGCCAUGCCGAAACGGCGACUGGAACAAGACUCAACCACUCUUGAACAGCCUCCAGCUAAUGCACCGUGGCCGCCAUCUCAUUUCACCCACAAACCUGGCAACAGCGCAGAGGAACUGGAGCGUAAAAUCUCUGAUAUCCUGACAACAAUUCCGGCGCACAUCAGGCUCACGUCCGGCCCCGGACCUAACGCCCCCGAAGUGAAACCAGCACGUGGCUUGACUGCGAAAGGUAGCCGUACAUAUCUACGCGCAGCUCGCUCUGUGAGUAACUUUAAAGCACCCGAACUUGUUCUGUCCCCCGCCAAGAGUGAAUUUGAUCUUCACAAUGCCUCGUCUGGCCGUAGAUCUGCAGCGGCAGCAAGAGGCGACAAUGAUAUCAAGCUGUACCAUCUUACCCAGCCAGGCAAGGAACAGCCCGUCAAGCUGUUCAUUCGUCGAGUGGGGGAGAAUGGCGAGCGUGUCAUGGUACGCGUUGGUGGUGGUUGGUCUGAUCUCGGCGAAUAUCUGCGUCAAUAUGCUGAGCACCAUGGCCGACGGACGGCAAGCGAGGGCAAAUUCGAAGUUGUGGGUCUGGAGAUCAAGAAUUCAGACCAAUCGCCUGGUCGUCCAGAAAGUGUCAUGAGUAGGCGGGAGAGGCGCAUCAGCUCUGGCUACCCGAUUCCUAGCCCUUCCACCACCCCUGUCAAAGCUUCUGGUUUGGGCGUGGGCAUCUCUAUAGACCAGACGCCUCCGCGAAGACCCACUUUCCACGCUUCAACUCCGGAACGGGGCGAAGAACCAGAUGUACCCUCAACCACGUCAUCCCAUAGUUCGUGGCAAGGCAAAGAAGUUGGGCUUGCGGGCCCAACUUCCAAAAAGUUGGAUCUCAGUAGUGACAAGCUGGUGUGGAUAGAGGGCAUGAUGAAGCAAGCUCGCACUGUGAGCACCAACGCAAUUCCAACCGAUCGUCCCGUCUCACAACGCGACGAGCGUCCACUCACAAGUGGCGGCAGCCGUCCAGGAAGCCGCGCGGGCCCCGGAGGAGCUCUGGGCGGUAAGAAGCCGGAAUUCAAAGACUUGGGCAGAGUCGGUGGCACAAGGAGGCUCUUUAUGAAGGGCGGGAAUCCCGCUUUUGGUGAAUAA